AUGGAAACUUUUAAAGAAACUGUAAACAAUGAAAAUGCUGCUGCUACUCAAGAAGCAGAAGAGGAAAAUGACUUAUUUGCAGAUUUAAAUCUAAAAACUGCAAAAACCACAACGACACAACAACAAUCUUUUUCAAAACAUCAGCAAACACCUUCACUCCCACCCAUUCUACCAGAUCAUCCUUCAAGUGUUCAAUGGGACACUAUUACCAAGCAAAUGGAACAAAUAGAAAUGGAAUUAUCAAAUUUAUACAAAGAACUAAAUCAAUUAUCAACAACUCAAUCACAAUUAUAUGAUAAUAGGAAUGAAAUUUAUAGAAAUUUAAUAGAGAAUUGGCAAAAAAUGAAAUCAUUAGAGACAGACCAAGCAAACUCUUUAACAAAAGAGGAUUAUGCAAUUGCUGAUCGACUAACACAAAAAAAUAAAAGAACUACAAUCAUUCAUGAUGCAGAAAAAGAAUUUAUUUUGAAUGGAAGAUUAGAGAAGGAACUUUCAACACAAAAAAAUCAAGAAGAUGAAUAUUUAAGGCAAUUUAAAGCAGACAUGGAAAAUUUACAUACUGUUGAAGAUAGUCAUAUUAAUAAAUUGAGAGAAGAAAUUGAAAAAGAGAGAAGCAAUAUUGUGUUAGAUUUAGACUUAUGGAGUAAAGAAGAAUCAGAAUUAAAUGAAAAAAUUGAUGAGAAAACAAGAGACGAGAAAUUGGAACGGGAUUUAUUAAUGAAAAUUUUGGAUCUAUUAAAACAAAUUGAACAAUUGAAAAUUGAAGAAAACGACUUUAGUCAACAGAUUGGUGCAAUUGAUAAAAAAAUAGAAAGCCUAAGUCAAGAAUUUAACACUGACAGAGAAUCACUAGCAAGAGAAAAAUUUGAAUUAGACAAAAGAGGAAUUGAAAUUGAAAACAAUUUGAGACUAGUAGACGAACAAGAAAAUAAAUUACAUCAAAGAUUAGAGCAUUAUAAUAAACAAUAUGACUCGCGCAGAUUGGAAUUGGAAUUAUUGGAGAAACAUAUAGCUGAAAUUAAGAUUAAUAAUAAAAUUUAUAAUGAAGAAUUUAUUGAAAUUGAAAAAUUAGUUGAAAUGUUAAAAGAUAGAGCUCAAAGAGAUUUUGAUUGUGAAAAAGAAAUAUCAAAUGUUAGGAAGAAGUUAGAAGAAAUCGAUAGCGAAGUUAAACGUUUAACAUCUAAAGUUAUACAAGACCAACAAACAUAUUCAACAAUUCAACAAGAUAUUACAGCAAUCAACACUCAAAUACCAUCUUUAGAAGAACAAAAAAAAUUAGCAGUUUCUGAUGAACGUCAAAAAUAUUUAGAAUUAAAACGUUCAAGUUUAGGAAUUGAUCAAGAAAAUUUGAGAAAAGCAAGAGAAAAUUUGGAACAUUACAAUUUAGAGUUGGUUGAAAUCGAGGAAAAAAUUGGAUCUGAGUUACGUGAGGAAUUACAAGAAAUAUUGCUACAACUUCGAUCAAAAUAUGAUUUAUCAGUAGAAAAAAAUUUGACAAUAUUACAAGAACUAUUAAAACAUGAAAUCAAAGGAAUAGAAUAUCGUAUUGAAAAUAUUAAAUUAAGGUGUGGUGGUGGUGUAUUGUUGAGUGAUAAACAAGGUGGCGUGGAGGAUAAAGGAGAUUUAUCGAAAGAAAAUAAAUUAAUGAACAAUCAUCAAAAUCAAAAUAAUUUGGAAAAUUCAUUGAAUAAUAAAGUUGUUAAUGAUGAUGAUAAAGUUCGUCUUGAAGAGUUGGAAAAAAGAUUACAAGAGGCCGUGGGUCAUGAAGAUUAUCAUCUUGCAGAUCAAAUACAAAAUGAGAUUGGGAAAAUUCACGAGAACAUUUAA